AUGAACACCGAGAUAAGGCAUGGCUUCGAGGUGGACCAACAAUAUAUGGAGCUCCUGGCAAACAACUUCUUCCUGUACUUUGAUGACAAGAGACACCAUACAAACGGGAAUCCUAUUACACCUGAGGAGAAACAGCAGAAAUAUGAUUACUACCAACCAAUUGCAGACUGGAAAAUCAUGAGAGAUAGACAGAAAACAGUGAGUGCUGCUAUAGUGCUCUGCUUGAACAUUGGUGUGGAUCCUCCUGAUGUUGUAAAGACUCACCCUUGUGCUAAAACUGAGGCUUGGAUAGACCCGGUAGGCUUCAAUGAAUCCAAGAAGGCUCUGGAAGCCAUAGGGAAAAACUUGCAAACUCAAUAUGAAACCUUGUCGCUGAGAACGAGGUAUAAACAAUCAUUAGAUCCAUGCGUGGAGGAUGUCAAAAGGUUUUGUAACUCUCUGAGAAGAAAUGCUAGAGAUGAACGUAUACUGUUUCAUUACAACGGUCACGGUGUUCCACAACCUACACAGAGUGGUGAAAUUUGGGUCUUUAAUAGAGGUUACACUCAAUAUAUCCCAGUUUCUUUAUAUGAUUUACAAACUUGGUUAGGUGCUCCUUGUAUUUAUGUUUAUGAUUGUAAUAGUGCUGGAAAUAUUGUUACAAAUUUCAAGAAAUUUGUUCAAAAAAGAAUUGAUGAUGAUAAUGAAGGCAAUCAUGAUAACUUAGCUCCAUCUCCAACUUCUGCUUACAUUGAUUGCAUCCAAUUGGCUGCUUGUCGGUCAAAUGAAUUAUUGCCAAUGGAUCCUGAUUUACCUGCAGAUUUAUUCACUUGUUGUUUAACCUGUCCAAUUGAAACAAGUAUCAAAUGGUUUAUAAUGCAAUCUCCUAUCAAAAAAUCAUACUAUGGCCCAUUACUAGAUAUUGCAAAAAAUAGUCCAAAUGGUAAUAUAGUGAUACCUGGAAAAUUAACAGAUCGUCGUACCCCAUUAGGUGAAUUGAAUUGGAUCUUUACAGCUAUAACGGAUACUAUUGCAUGGACCUCAUUACCAAGACCUUUAUUUAAAAGAUUAUUUAGACAAGAUUUAAUGGUUGCUGCAUUAUUCAGAAAUUUCCUUUUGGCUAAAAGAAUCAUGCCUUCAUAUUCAUGUCAUCCAAUUUCAGAUCCUCCAUUACCUGAUAUUCAAAACCAUUCAAUGUGGGAGUCUUGGGACUUGGCAAUUGAUCAAGUUUUAACUCAACUUUUGAAAAAUUUGAAUAAUGAGCCAUCAUCACUAUUACCACAACCAACUUCACCAGGCUCUGCAACUCAAAUUAGUACUCCAGCCCCAAAUGAUACCAACAAUAUGAAUAAUUAUCAACAUUCAACUUUUUUCGAACAGCAUUUGACAGCGUUUGAGUUAUGGUUAAAAUAUGGAUCAUCCACAAGGCAACCACCUGAGCAAUUGCCUAUUGUGUUACAAGUUCUGCUAUCUCAAGUACAUCGUGUAAGAGCAUUGGUCUUAUUAUCAAGAUUUUUAGAUUUAGGUCCUUGGGCUGUUUAUCUGGCUUUAUCAAUUGGUAUUUUCCCAUAUGUCUUGAAAUUAUUACAAAGUCCGGCACCUGAUCUGAAACCUGUUUUAGUUUUCAUAUGGGCAAGAAUAAUGGCUGUUGAUUACAAAAACACUCAACAAGAGCUGGUUAAAGAUAAAGGGUUCAACUAUUUUUUACAAAUGUUGAAUCCAAAAGAUAAUGCAAAUAAUACAAAUAAUGACCACAAAGCUUUAUGUGCUUUGAUCUUAAGCUUAUUUGUCAGAGGUUUCAAGAAUGGUCAAAAGCUUUGUUUUAGUCCUGAUUUGGUAAAUAAAUUAUUGCAAUAUGUUGAAACUUCAGAUAAUCCUUUAUUACGCCAGUGGUGUGUUUUAUUGAUUUCACAACUCUGGGAUCAUAAUUUUGAUGCCAAGUGGAUAAGUUACAAAGAAGGUUUCCUAACAAGAUUAUCAAAACUAGUUAAUGAUCCAAUUCCAGAAGUUAGAGCUUCAGUUAUUACUGCUUUCACGAAUUUCUUACCAGAUGAACCUGAAGAAGAGGAGAUUAAAGAUGAAAUCAACAUCAUAAUGACUGUUUUAUCUUUGUCAAAUGAUGCAAGUCCAUUAGUGAGAAAAGAAAUCAUCAUAUUUAUAUCAAAAAUUGUCAAGAGACAUAUCAAUAAUUUUAUUGUUUUGGCCUUUUAUGAAUUAUACAAUGAAGUGCAUCUGAUCUUGGAGCAAGAUAAUGAUCAUCAUGAUGACCAUAAACAAAUUGGUUAUGGUAGUAGCUAUCAUAUUGUCUGGAAAACUUUAUUAUUGUUUGCAUGUGAUGGUCAUGGUGAAUUGAAACUUGAUGCUGAAAAGAUUAUUGAUUAUGUUGUUAUAAAGUUGAAAGAAAGUCCAUUACAAGAGUCUGUGGAAGAAGUGGAAACUGUGUUGCUGCAAAGUAACAGUACUUCAUUCCCAUCAAAUCUUCAAAAAUUUUCUCCAUCUAAUCAACAACAAAGAAUCUUACCAAAACCCAUUAAACUGAAUGGUAAUGCUGCUUUGAACAAUUCUGCUCAACAAAGAUCAAUCUCAACAAAAGUCGAGAGCAAUAAUAAAUCUGAGCCAUCAUCUUUUUUGAAAAGAACAAUAUCAUUAUCAAAUAUUUGGAAAUCUUUGGGCUGGAACCAAGAUGAUGAAGAUUUGAACAAUAAUGAACGUCAUACAAGGACUACGUCUUCUCAAUUUCUGUCAACUCCAUAUGGUGUUUCUCCAAGCCCAAGAACUAUGAGAUUUAGUGCUGAUGAAUAUAAAGAAGAAAAUGUUGAAUUACCAUUAACUUCAAAGUUUUUCGAUUACAGUAUGGAGUAUUUCCAAGAGCCACAAAUGCGUAAAAGUGAAGUUGAUGAACCAGGUUCAUUAGAAUAUACUCAAAGAAUUUGGAGAAGAAAUAGAAAUGAAGCUAUUAUUAAUGAAACUCAACCACAAAAAAAUCUGUCAUUACGUGGUGAUUGGAAAACAAAUAUUGCAUUUUUCAAUAAUAAGACACAACCAAGAAUAUUGAAAUUUUCACAAUUUGAGAAUUAUUUGAUUAGUUCAGAUGAUCGUGAUAACAUUACAGUUUUCGAUUGGGAGCAAAAAAAUCAUCUAUCAAGAUUUUCAAAUGGUAAUCCAUUUGGUACUAAAAUUACUGACUUGAAAUUACUGAAUGAAGAUGAUUUACCAUUAUUAUUGACAGGUUCAUCAGAUGGUAUUGUGAAGAUUUAUAAGGAUUUCCAUUCAGGGGAAGAGUCUCGUUUGGUUUCAUCAUGGAGAGCUCUGACUGAUUUGUUGUUAACACCAAGAUCAACAGGGUUAUUAAUGGAAUGGCAACAGAGUAGAGGGUCAUUAUUAGUUACAGGUGAUGUUAAAGUUAUUAGAAUAUGGGAUGCACCAAGAGAACUAUGUGUUGUUGAUGUUCCUGCACGCUCAUCAAGUUCGAUAACUUCAUUAACAUCUGAUCAAGUUGCAGGUAAUAUAUUUGUUAGUGGGUUUGCAGAUGGUACCAUAAGAGUUUAUGAUCGUCGUUUGGAUCCAAGAGAUUCUAUGGUUAAAUUAUGGAAGGUUAAAGAUGAAGAAAGACCAACAUCUAUAACAAAUGUUCAUAUGCAAAGAGGUGGGUAUAGAGAAUUAGUUAGUGGAUCAUCUAAUAGUGAAGUUAAUUUAUGGGAUAUUAGAUUAAAUGAACCAGUUGUCUCAUUUAGAGGGCAUGAAAAGACAAUGACAAAUCUUCAAAUUCAUGAACAUGCACCAAUUAUUGCAACAGGAUCAAGAAUGAUUAGAAUCUGGACUACAAAUGGUGAUUUAAUUUCAAAUGUUAAAAAUCCAAAUGGGUAUAGUUUACAAAACAGAACCCCAUAUAUUUCAUCACUUUCAUUACAUCCUCAUAGAAUGAUGUUUGCUGCUAAUAAUACACAUGAUCCAUAUAUAAGUGUUUAUAAGUGCACUGAACCUUCCCAAGAAUGA